AUGAAUAAAGAAGGCCAUCGAAUGGAACUGGAGGAUGAAAGACAUGCCAUAAUAUUGGAGAAUGUCUUCUAUCUUCUUUGUGGGGUUGACACCACCCACUUAAGGAUAGGAGUGAAGGACAAGAGGUAUGCAUUGAUAGGAGACCCGACAUAUCCUCCUCAGCUUAUUCUUCCGUUUGAAUCGCUAGCAAUCAAUGUAAGAGUUCUCAACAAGUUUAUAUUGAAGUCACAGUAUUCAUCCGAUACAAUUCGAGAAAUGGUAGGAGACUACUUUGAGGCUAAGAUCGGCAAGUACUUGAAGGAUCUUAUGGGCCUUCGAUGCCAAACACGGAGUAUUGAGAUGCUUAUAGUGAGCCUUGGAAGCCGAGUCGAGGAGUUUGAUGAGAUGAAGGAAAUUGUAGACGACAUUAGGGACAUGUCGGGAGUUCGGAUACUGAACCAUCUUAAGAAAAGAAGGGAUAGAACUGUACAUUUUCUAGGUCUUUAUGAUGAUCUCAUUAAUCCUUGCAUUCACCGAAUAAGAGAAGAGGUGCAAGGUUGGGUUACAGAAGGGCUGAUGCCGAGCAGUGAGUUUAUGGUGAAGAAAAACGAGUGCUUGAAUGAAUUUACGGAUUGUGUGUGGACACAUUGGUAUAGGAUUGCCCAGGAUAACGUGCCAUACUUUUUGGAAGAUCACAAGAACCUUAUCUACAAUUGUGGAAGGAUAGUCAAUCUCGGACGGAUGAUCCAUGGGAAAAACAUAUUCCACAACUUGGCAGAGGAGUAUGGGAAUCUUGGGCUUACAGGGUUAAAUUCAUAUCUGAACACACAGUUUUUAGAGUCACUUCGAAGUAGCCUUGAAAGGGAAUUGGAUGUAAUGUAUAGAUAUCUUCUGGUGAAUGAGUCGUCUCUGUACUUAGACAUUUUCGAAGAGUUAGGGGACGAGAUGUUCUUCCCAAACGAAAGAACGGUUGCCAAGAUGAAUGCCAUUCGAGAGUCGAAGAAUGCGGAGGGCCUUAUCUUUAGAAGAUCGGAUGUGCCCACCAACAAGUAUAUCCUGGAGAUUUUGAAUACCAAGAUGGAGGCCUGCCAGGAAAGGCAUCUUACUAUGCUACAGCUCCUGACUGUCGAAUACACUCCAUCGAUCCUCAGGAAUUUCUUGUCACCAAGAACGGUUUCUGAGCUGGAGAUAAUUUUUAGGUUCCUAUUUACACUUACUGGGUUGUCAUACUACAUGAGCAGAUUCAAAGGGUUUUGGUUUGCAAGGAUGGCGGCAAUGGUUGUGGACAAAUUCAGGUUUUCGAUCCAUUCAAGAAUGAAGCCUGUUAGGGUAGAAAAGGAUAUGGAUUACAUAAGAGACUCCAUGCUCUCAAGUACUAAGAAGUGGCUUCGAGACAUGUAUCUUACAAGCGGGAAGGCGUAUCAUGCAUGGAGCAAUUUUUUUGAUCUUUGUUUCAACUUCUUGGACGUCGAGUACAAGUCUGCCCUUAGCAAGGAAGAGAUAAAGAUGUUUGAGGGUCGAUUGGUUGGAAGUAUAGUACUUCUUAAGGAUGUAUUGGAGGUUACCGAGCACAGUGACUUGUUUGUUCACUUCCUGGGUAGCACCCAAUGGAUAGACAUAGGCGGUGGUUCUGUGUAG